GAAAACGGCGAGCCGAGAUCACUAUUCCGUCACAUCUGAUACUGUCAAGUUCAGAUAAAAAAUAAAAAUGUCGUUCAGAAAUGUGUUGGUCGUUUUUGCUUUAAGUUGUGUGGUGUUCGGUGCUGCGUUGGGGGACGAGGGAGAAGUCACGGCGAGAGGGAAGAAGAAGAAGCUUGGCUUAUUCAUAUUCAUCGCGGACAUAAUCAUAAAGAAGAUAUUCAUCCUGAAGAUAGUCUACGCCAUAAUCUUCUGGAUCGUGAUCCACAAGGCGGGCUAUUUCCUGACCUGGUUCGUGGGCUACCUCUCCGACCAGAAGAAGGAGUUCAAGGAGGUCCCGCACGUGCACUACGGACCGUACCACUCGUACGGAACCCCCGACUACUCCAGCUACGGACCCCCGCAUGACUACUCGAGUUACGGACCGUACAAACGGAUCAAUAAACGAUGAAUUUAGUAGUUGUACUUUUUGAUAAGUUCUGUGUUAUUUAUUGGUGUUUAGGAUAGUAUUUAUUUAUUUAAGUUGAUGCUGUUGUGUUUUCGUCUAGAACUCUAGAUGGUUUAUUGUGUGAUGCAUGAUUUUAAAAUAUUAUGAACGUGAUAAACAUUUUGAAACUUAGUGAUUUGCC